GCUUCGCUCAACUCAAUGCCUGGAUUCUGCGCCCCAUCUGGCCAGAAUAUCACGCAGUGGCUCUGCAGGCACGCCGUCAAAGUGAGGAAGAUGUGUCGUAGAGCAAGCGUUUCUUCGACCGAGAAGAAGAAAAUAGUGCAACAGAAACUCGCCAGCGAGCCGGAGAAGAACGUCUCCGUCGCGGACACUUGCGUCGCGUCGAACGAGAUGAAGAACAAAGCGUAUAAAAUUUGCCGAGAGUUCCUUUCUGGGAGUUGGAAGUCGAUCUCAUCGAACGAUAUGAUCUUCAAGACGGUUGGCGGAGGCCUCUCGAACCUCCUCUACUACUGUUCGUUGCCAGAGACGCACACCCCUCUUUGUGGGGAACCUUCUCAGGUUUUGAUGAGAAUGUACGGCCAAAUUCACGGGGACCAAGACGCCUCGACUAUCACCGAGUCGAUCAUCUGCACGCUCCUGUCAGAGAGAGCUCUGGGACCUAAACUAUUCGGCGUGUUCCCAGGCGGCCGACUGGAGGAAUACAUUCCGGCUCGGGCUCUGGUUACCGAGCAGAUUCGCAAGCCGGAGAUUUCCUUGUCUAUCUCACGGAAGCUUGCUCGGCUGCAUGCCCUCCAGGCACCGCUGACAAAAGAGCCGACAUGGCUGUUCGACAACAUGGAGAAAUGGCUGGCGGUCCGCAACGAAAUCCUCCCGAACUCGAUACCGAAGGCCGUGAAGCCUUUCGCGAAGAAGCUCAUGGAAUUCGACUAUAAACGAGAAAUGGCUUGGCUGCGUGAGAUCUUCAAGAGGGCUCAGAGCCCGGUGAUGUUUUGCCACAAUGAUCUGCAAGAAGGCAACAUCCUACACAUGGAAAGCAAAGAAAGCGACGGAAGCUCGGCAGAUGAGAACCUUGUGUUCAUCGAUUUCGAGUACUGUUCCUACAAUUACAGAGGAUUCGACAUUGCAAAUCAUUUCUGCGAAUGGGCGUACGAUUACAGCCACCCUGAAUACCCGCUGUUCAAGGAGUCCAUCGAUCAGUACCCCACCGAGGAACAGAGGCGCGCCUUUUUGGAGGAGUACCUCAAAACUCUGAAAUCAAGCUCCAUCCACGGGGACAUCGAUCCGAAAGUCAACACGAUCGAACAUCUCCUGGAGGAAACGGAGACUUUCACCUUGGCCUCUCAUAUUAUGUGGAGCCUGUGGUCGCUGAACUCGGCUCAUUCUUCGAAAAUCAAUUUCGGCUACUGGGAAUACGGAGCGGCUCGACUCCGCAGAUAUCUGGAGCUCAAAGAGCGUCUCAUGGAACGACUCGAGCUCUCUUCCAACUAAGGGAGGAGAAGGGAAACCAGGGAAUUGCUGAUACGACAAGAUACCAUUGGCCUCUCCAGCUCCUCUAGCUUCAGCCAACGACUUUUUGUGCCGUUCCAAGAGUUGAAAUCUGAAGACGUUUACCUUCAGAAAUCUUCUGCCCUCGAACCCCCUCCCACGUAUACACGGCGCGCAAAGCGACCGGAAGUCGACGUUGCGACUCCGACAUUUUGACGACGGUCCUGGAAGAGGAUGACGAUCGAGAUGCGGACACUAAUUAACGAACAACUGUUUGCGCAUGACAGAGAAUCGGAGAUAGAGUUAGAGAGAAGAAGAGGGCGCCAACCUAAAAAUAUAGACACUAAGUGAUAUUUUUACGUUCAAUGUUAAUCUCGAUGGCUUGUCGACCUACCUAUUCUACGGUUUCGCUGUUCGAAAGAGGAAGAAAAGAUAUAAAGCAAGGCGCGACUUAGGCUAAAUGAUCUUCAAUGGUUUCCGAAGUCUUUAAGGAAGCUUGAGGUUGUUGAAGUAGCGGAGGCUCGCGAGGCGAUACCUCCGACGAAGCCGAGGUAUCAGGCUUCGAUGUAAAGUCUUUGAGGAGCUUUUCCUUUUUGAAUAGUCACGAGAUGCUCCUUUGAAGCGCAGCGUCCUGUCUAUUGGCUUUGUGACAGGAUGCUGCUGCUGCUGCUACUCUUGUUGUAGCCGGCGGUCGUAAGACUUUAUCGAUGGGGAACUAUGGGAGGUAUCUUGAGGCUUAGGUGUUCUCGCGAGCUCACGACAGAACGUAUCAUACAAUUAUUUCUAUAUAUAUCAUUAGCUGUAUACAAGUACGAGACGAAAUCCCUAGGUAGAUACCGCUGCAGAGGGGAAAUCUGACUGGCAUGAGACAUUUUUCAUAUCUCGGUUGAGGGUUCGUUUUUGACCUUACUUAGAGACCAAUAAAUCCUAGUUAGAAGAAGAGGAUGCCCAAAUGCUAUGCCACGGAAACCUUUCGAACGUUGAUGACCCGCACACUUCCUGGUACAUAAUUGUUCUCUGUAAAUUGAUUGACCGUUAUCGGUGAUAUAUAAUAUAUUUAUGAUAAACGGAUCGUAUUUUGACGGAAGAGUUGAACUGUUGAGCGACGGUAGACGAGUGCGAAGAGAGAAACAAAGUGAGAAAGAGAGAAAAGAUCACUGAAAGACGGACGUGAAAUGAUGCCAAAGCGUAACACGUAUAGUGAUGGACUAUUUUGUUAUAAAAAUUGAAAACCUCCUGUUCUUAUGUUUUUCUUGAUAACAUUCGACAGAUCCUUCAUCACGGACGAAGAAAGGUUUUCUUUCCUCUUGGUCUCAAAGGACGUUAACCGUACAGGAUGAUCAGCUUCUGGUUUUUCUCGAGACUCUUAGUCGUCACCAUCGAGCGUUCACGCUCGCGGCAACGCAUGAUCCGAAUCUCAGGGAGUAAGUGUGGGAAUCAAAUUGAACUGGUUUCCGGGGAAGUAUUUCCGCUUCGGAGACAUUCUCCUUCUUCUUCUAGAAGUCGAUAAGUAUUACCUGAACCCGAGACGCGGAAAAAAACGGACGAUAAUGCGGUGAGUCUCUUCUCUGGAAUCUCGCCCCUUCGUGGGAAGAAUCAAAUCGGGACGAGCCUCGUAUGUAUUUCGGAAGUUCGGAGUUCCGCUGUCCGUGUGCCGAGUCGGGUUUCCCGCCUUAAGCGUUCUCUGUUCCAGAAAGGGUCAUUUUUAUUUUUACUUUGAGCGCGCGAAGACCCUGACGAUCCCCUGAGGGACCCGUUCCUCAUUUUUUCUCACAUCUUGUACUUUCUCCCCUUUCGCUGGGGAUGAAUCUUACCGACCGAUAGCGCUCCGUAUUUAUCUCCUGCAUUUCGCUCUGGAGAUUCGCGAUAUUCGACAUCCCGCUUGCCCACGUGGGCCCAGCAGGAGUGAAGUCUAAUUUGUCGGCCGCCGCACCGUUCCAUUUGAGUUCAUUUCGCGCAGAUAGAAGUUAAAAGUUGCUUCUAAAGUGUCGUCUGUAUGACGGAGAAGGGGACCAAAUGGCACAUCGAUGACGACGCGCCACUGGACUUCCGGGAAAGCGGUUGUGGGGUCGCGAGAGCAUUCCACGAAAUGCGCAUCGGAUUCCGUCUGAAAUGAAAUCGGACGGCUAGGAUCGGUUCGACGCUUAUGGAGAACGACAGCCUACGUUUCAACUCCUACUAUGUCUAUGUGAAUGUAAGAAAAACAUGAGUUUAAUAAAGGUAUUCAUGUCUUUAAUAU